CAUGUAAGUUAGGACUUGUGGCCCAUUUGGAGCAACUCCUGUACUACGGGUGUGAUAUGAACUGUCGGAUCGUCGGCUCCGGCAAUACACCACUCCAUGUGUCGGCCAUCAACGACCAGAUCGACUGCGCCCGAGUCCUACUACUCCGCGGCUGCGAUACAAAAGUGAUCAACAAUUCGCACCAAAACGCAUAUCAGGUCGCCGUAAUCGCCAAUAAUAUGAGUUUAGCCGAACUCAUAUCCAGCCAUAAGCCGGAAAUGGUGGUGCCGUAUAGGGAUAAGCCUAAGUACAAUCCGGCCCGUAGGCCACCGCCCACUCACGAGGAACAGCAACUCCACCACCAGCAACAACAACGAUCCCAAAUGUCGCAAUACAAGUCACAACAAAAUGGGGGCAAAAAUCAGUUACAAGUGUCGGCCACCGGACAGACCAUCUGUCCGUCGUCGCCAUCCCUAAGUCAACGCUCGUGCGCCACAUCCACCACAACCACUACCACCUCCUCCGGCGUGUGCUGUGAAGAUGGCUCUCAAUCGGACGGAGUGGCCGAAGAGGAGGUCCCGAUCGGUGAUGGCAACGACUCGGCCACUGAGUCCGAGUCGGACGAGUCUAGUGUACGACCGGUACAACUGUUGCCGGGGAUGACUGUCGUGGCGGUCAUCGACUAUAACUCCGGUGAUCCGACACAUCUGGGUCUGCGGCGAAAUGACAUGAUUUUGUUGUUGCAAAACACAUCCUCACCGCCGACUAUAGCCAAUCAGAAGCUACUACUCGGGCGUCGGUGUAUGGAUGGAAAGGAGGGUCUGUUUCCCACGUGUUGUGUCGAAAAGGUGAGGACUCGGGUGGAGGGCCGACGCGACCAGAAAUACUCGGCCACAACACUGCCCGCUCGGGGGCGCAGUAAUCAACGAAACUUUCUCAAAACGGACUCAGCGGGUGGCCAGUCAUCGGCGGCGUCGGGUCUGGGCCUCUAUCACGAGCGGACAGUCAUACUGAACAGGGGCUCAAAGGGGUUCGGAUUUGUGCUGAGAGGGGCGAAGGCUACGUCACCGCUACUUCUGGAGCAAAACCCAUCGCUCAUUGGUUUGCAAUACUUGGAUGAGAUCGAGACGCAAGGGGUGGCCGAAGCGGCGGGCCUUAAACGCGGCGACUUUCUACUGGCGGUGAACGGGUCGGACGUGCGGCACAUGUCCCACGAGAUGGUCGUCCAACUGAUCCGCCAGUCGGGCGAUCGGGUGACGAUGACUGUGGCCACACCUAUACCUCAGCACAAGAACAAACAGUUCAAGUCUAUACUCAAGAAGGACACCGACAGCCAGCGUAAGGCCAAGAGUCAGGCCAUCGUUGGUGAACAGCCGCAGUCGAUGUCGAUGUCUGCGAUGGACAUGAGUGCCGACCACCAGUUGUCGGCGUCAUUCCCGGCGCCCCCACCGGCGGCGGCGAUGGCCGGACAGGACGGCCGCUCGCUAUACGCCAAGUCUAAUGUGAUGCAAAAGUUUUCAACGCUUCCCCGAAAUGCGGGCAAUAGUUCCCAGUCGUCGUCGGGUUCGUCCCGA